AUGACCCCCACGAGACAAACUAUAGAGUCCAGAGAUGAAACCUUGAUAGGAGUGAAGAGGCGUGGGGUAUCCGUUUGUGUGACGGCAGAGACAGACACUGUUUCUACCAAGACCAUCGCUUCCAACAGCCUGGACACCACCAAUGAUUUGGGCAAGGAUACCGUCGCUACAAUAGAGAGAAUCCUCAGUCAUAACCAAGAAACCAUCCAGCAGAAUGAGCUCGAAGAGAACCACGCAUCCUUGUUUCUCGAAAUCCAAAAGCCUCCUACUCCAGUGGAAGCAGAAAGGGGAAUUGUCUAUGUUGAGGAGCACGAACUUGGGAACGGGCUUUUCAAGAUCGGCUGGAGAGAGGACACCGCAAGAGUCAGCAUCACGCCUUCUGACAGCUGCAACAAACUAAACUCAAAGGUCAUUUACGAGACGCCCGGUGGUCCUUUUUUGGCGGCGAGCAAGGUCAAACAGCUUAGUCUAACUGCACUUCAUCCUCAGAUCCUGGUGGUCAUGGAACGCCACCAUGGCGGGCGAGGAUAUGAGGAAUGGAUCAGUGCCCCUUUGGAGAAGGUUCUGCAGACAAUCAAGACCUUGGAGAACUUUGUCAAGCUCCCAGCCUAUGAGUCGAAAGAUGGCCAGAACUGGGAGCUCUCCUUUACUGCCAACAAAAUCAUCAGGGGCAUGGACAUCUUCUUGUUGGAAAAUCUGGAGGGUUCAAUGAAUUCAACCGAGGGAGACUCCGCUGGCAACACUGUUGCCGGCUUUGCAACGGGGUUAAGCCAAGAAACGGUCACUUGCGUCGCCGAGACUGCUGCGUCUCCAACCUUACUCGACACCGAAGAAGAACUGGAAGGGAGGCGAACCCUUACCACACCCGAUCCCAAGAGUUUCAGCAAAGAAUCCAACUCUGAAAAGAUGUGGGAGCACAAGAGCAACGAAGUGAGGCAACUAGUGUUAUUGCCGAUCUGUAGUGGUGUGUGUUGUGUGUGGUGA